AUGGAAAAUAUUAAUCCAAAUAUUGUGAAGUUAGAAUAUGCUGUGCGCGGGCCGCUGGUCAUUCGUGCUGCUGAAAUAGAAAAGGAGCUUGAAAAGGGCGCCCAAAAACCUUUCAAAAGGGUUAUCAAGGCGAACAUUGGCGAUGCUCACGCUAUGGGACAGAAACCUAUCACAUUCAUCAGACAGGUAGUAGCAUGCGUGAGUUACCCGGAGCUAAUCGAAAAGUACGACUUUCCCUCGGACGUGAAGCAGCGGGCCAGGGAAAUUCUGAAAGCGUGCGGCGGUGGGUCGGUGGGCUCGUACUCGAUGUCGCACGGCAUUGAGUUGAUCCGGCGGCACGUGGCGGAGUACAUUGAGCGGCGCGACGGUCACGCGUCCGACUGGCGCAACGUGUGCCUUUCGGCCGGCGCAUCAAACGCCAUCAAGAACGUCCUCCAGCUUCUAUGCAACGAUAUCAACGGUCAACCGUCAGGUGUGAUGAUCCCCAUUCCGCAGUACCCGCUGUAUUCAGCGUCUUUGGCUGAAUACGGCUUGGAGCAAGUCGGCUACUAUCUGAAUGAGGAAACCAACUGGGGACUUGAUAUUUCCGAGCUUGAGCGAUCGCUGUCUGAAGCCAGUAAGAAGUGUAAUGUUCGCGGCUUAGUCGUCAUCAACCCGGGAAAUCCCACGGGACAGGUGUUGACGCGCGAGAACAUCGAAUCAAUUCUGAAGUUCGCACACAAGCACAGCUUGCUUUUAUUUGCCGACGAGGUGUACCAAGAUAAUAUCUACGCUGAGGGCAGCAAGUUCUACUCCUUCAAGAAGGUGGUCCGCGAGAUGGGCGAGCCGUACAGCUCAGAGCUGGAGCUGGCGUCGUUCAUGUCGGUGAGCAAAGGCUACAUGGGAGAAUGUGGGCUCCGUGGAGGCUGGAUGGAGCUGCUCAACUUCGAUCCGGAAGUGCAGGCGCAGCUCUUCAAGUGCAUCUCGGCCAUGCUGUGCCCCACCACACUGGGACAGACAGCUGUUGACUGUGUUGCGAAACCCCCUCAGCCGGGAGAGCCGUCAUACGAGCUGUGGCUGAAAGAGAAGACUGCCGUGCUGUCGUCCCUCAACAAGAGAGCUAAGAUGAUAGCCGACGUCUUCAACUCCAUGCCGGGCUUCACUUGCAACGUUGUCCAGGGCGCGAUGUACGCGUUCCCGCAGAUCGAGAUGCCAGCGAAGGCUAUCGAGGCCGCGAAGGCGGAAGGCAAGGUGCCCGAUGCCUUCUACGCGUUCAAACUGCUCGAGGAAACUGGCAUCUGUAUCGUGCCGGGUUCCGGGUUCGGGCAGAAGCCCGGCACCUUCCACUUCCGCACCACCAUCCUGCCACAGCCAGAGUUGCUGCAGCAGAUGCUGGACACCUUCAGAGAUUUCCACGCCAAGUUCACUGCAGAGUACGCCUAG